CAUUCACAAACCAAAAUGUCAAUGUCACAUAUCUUCAGAAAAAGUCGACUUGCCGUGAGUUGUGGUAUUUUAGGUGUAAGAAUAUCCUGUAGAUUUAUAUUUACGCACAAAAUGAGUGUUAAACAGGCAGAAUUUGCCGAUACCAAUGGGUUUGAGAGUAAAACUCCAUUCCUGAUCGGCGUGGCUGGCGGCACGGCGAGCGGCAAGUCAACAGUAUGUCAGCGUAUCAUGGAGAAGCUUGGCCAGCAGCACAAAGAACAGACAGAGAGGCGAGUGGUGUGCAUCAGUCAGGAUUCCUUCUACCGUACUCUCACACCAUCGGAGCGACUUAGAGCCGAACGAGGACAGUUCAAUUUUGACCAUCCUGACGCAUUUGAUGAUAAGAAACUCUUGACAAUACUCAAAGAUAUAUUAGCUGGAAAGAAAGUGGAAGUGCCAGAAUAUGAUUACAUUACUAACUCUAUUAGCAACCGCUCACACACCAUCUACCCGGCAGACGUAGUCCUGAUUGAGGGCAUCUUGGUUUUCUACUUCCCUGAAGUCAGGGAACUGUUCCACAUGAAGCUCUUUGUUGACACUGAUUCUGAUACCAGGUUGGCUAGACGAGUGCCACGUGAUAUAAUGGAGCGAGGUCGCGACUUGGAGCAGGUUCUCAACCAGUACAUGAACUUUGUGAAGCCGGCCUUCGAGGAGUUCUGUCUGCCGACCAAGAAAUUCGCUGACGUCAUCAUACCGCGCGGCGCUGACAAUUUAGUGGCUAUAGACCUUAUCGUGCACCAUAUAUGGGAUAUAAUGUACAAGAAACGGCCGGUGAAGAUCGCGAACGGCUGUAAUGGUCAUUUGGAGGUGGAAGACGGAGGUAGCGGAAGAAGGAUGUCAGGAAGCUCUGAAGAUACGUUGAGUCGAUAGUCGUCUGUGGUAUCGUUUGGGGUUUCUGUGACGGAUCUUUGAUGGUAUUAUCUGGGAUGUCAUCAUUUCGAUAUGACAGAAAUCUUGCGCGUAAUAUGCAUUUUCACGUCAAUCUUCCAAGCACCUCCUAAUACAGACAGUGGCAAGUAACGCAUUGCAGUUUCGAAAAUUCGACAGGAUAUUUAAUCAGUGAAUGAGAAAUUUGGUAACUAUUUUUACCAAGUUAUUCUUUGAUUUUACAAAGUACCUGCAUUUUUACAAUAAUAAUUGUAGCAAUAAUUUUGACUGCCAUUACUAUAGAUAAAAAAAUACGGCGUUUUUAAAAAGGUCCGUCAUGAUAUUAGAAACAAUAUGAUGAAAUAAUGGAUGAAAUUGACAUUGUGCCCCAAUAAAGCGGUAUACAAGUUAUAACAACUUUUCUGUUUUUUCUACUUUUUUGUUCAUUUGUGUAAUAUAAAAUAGGUAAGUAGUAUAUUUUAGGGGCGCUGGGCUACGAUGCAUUUUAAUAUAUCAAUAUUGAAUUACUUAUCGUAUUUUCUUGGUUUUACAAUGUAUUCCGUAAAACUAUAUACAUACGUUUAUUUCAUCAGUUUUAUUCAUUUGCAAUAUUGGAUUAACAUCACCUAAAUAUAUCGAUACAUUUAAUCGAUAAAAAAAUUAUAAGUAAAGUGAGUUGUUUAUCCAUCUUAUUAUUACCAAAUAACCCUUCUUGCAGUCGGGUAAAAAGGGGCCCAAUGGAAACAUGAAAACUGUCGUGUUUAAGUAUAAGAGACUGUAACUACUAUUUAUCUGUAAGGGUUUGCACCGACAGACUAUGUUUAGGCGUUCGUUUGUAACAGAUAGCAAGCAGUUUGUGCUAUAGAGUUAAAGUCUGGUAGCUCAGAGAUUGUGUUUCUGGCUGGUCGUGUGAAUGGGACAAACAUAUUAAAUUACAAUUGCCUCGUUUUCUUGACGUGACAACGUCUUAUAAUCCGAUGGAGCCGGCUGCACACUCGAAAACAGAUGACGUCAUGCGCUGUUCCCUCGCUCUAGGGUUGCCAACUUCUUUGUACAAGAAAUAAAGUAUAUUUUGGUCUAUGAAGAUUAUUAAACUAUGUAUAUGGAAUUGAAACAGUUAUGCAGUAGUGCCAAUAGAUGGCGCUGGUCCAAUUCCUUAGAAAUUACGUUUACGUUACGCGACAGUAACAGUAUCGAACUGCCACUAGGCCCUCAGUAUUUUAUAAAAACGUACAUUUUCAUUUUUAAAAUGCAACCAUUCCAUCCGUAUUUUCUUAUGACGUUGUCACGUUCAAUUAUCGUCAGUAAACCGACUUUACAGACAACUGAUUUUUUCCCUCUCUCUCUGAUAUGUUACAUCGCCCACUUGUCAGAAACGAGCGGACUCUGAGCGACCGGACUUUAACAAAAUAUAUUACCGUACAAAAACCGCGAAACUCGAAAGCCUGAAUUCUUUCUGUCUGCACGGGUUCGUAAUGUGUUGCAUUUUGUUUGUUAUUCGGAGGUUAUUUUAUAUCAUUGAUAUGUCCAAGAAACGUAACUUUUGUCCCAUUACCUUUAUUUUUAAUUUUAAUUUUAAUUAUUAUUGUUAUUUUAUAUUCCAGUGACAUAAUAAUUUUGUUGGCCACUUUGACGUUUUCUAUUCCCGUUGGUCCCACAUAUACCACACACCACCCAACCACGAUCCAUAGGUAAAAUAAUAAUAAACCAAUAACCAAUAACACUUAUAGUCAGGGAUCCCUAGAACCUUUUGUAAAUUCAUUUCGAUGAGACGAUAAACUUUUUUAUUUGCGUAAAUUCUUGAUUGUGGUAGCUAACUGAGUUACCAGGAAAUUCAAAUUUCAGAGCGUCGUAAUGAGAUAAUGUACCACGCAAUUUGUAGGACAUUGUGGCUGUUAAAUUGUAUAACUAAUAAUUACGCAACAGUAAAAAAACAGCUGGUUAGUUACAGUUUUUAUAACUAAUUAAUAAUCUCGUUAUUGAUACAAGUUGGGACUAGGGUAGAGUAACAAAAGUUGUUACUAACAAGAUGUUUUUUUUUACUGUUGAUUAAUUAAUUAACAACCACAAUGACCUACAAAUUGCGUCGUACAUUAUCUCGUUCCGACGCUCUGAAAUUUUCAUUUCUUGGUAACUCAGUUAGCUACCAGAACGAACGGUGAACGGUGAGCGCUAAGAAAUUCACCUCUAGUAAUAGACGUCAUAAGUGGUUGAUAAAAGUGUCAAUAUUACUGCAAUUAUUUCCUCGUUAUGUAGGCUAAGAUACGCGCCACGACAUAUAUUGUGAAGACAAAAUAACAUAUUGUCGACCAAUAGCGGAGGAUUGCUCUCUUUCGGCCCAUUGCAACCAAAGAGAGAGCUAUAUUUCUGGUUCUGCCGCUUUUGGUCGACUAUGUUUUUUCUCUUCACGAGAUAAGUCGUGACGCACAUCUUAAGCCAGCAAAUGAAGCAAUUAUGUAUUAUUUAGUUAUUAAGGUGACCGUACACCAUUUAUUUAUAAGGCUGAAACAAAGCGUAGAGUAAGGGAAAGGUGUUCAGUAAUAUACAAAUAAAAAACUAUUUUAAUUUAUAAACAUAGCUAGUGAAUUGUAACUAACAAUUUUUAUGUAAGUUGUUCCAUUAUAUUUGUGUAAAAGUCGGUUCACAUUAACCCAGUUUUUCUUUAAUCUAACUACAAAUAUUCUAUAAUUUUCGAAUCAAUCAAACUUUUCACUCUCACUUUACUAGAUUAGCCAAGAUGAACCUAUUGUCAAUAAGACAGUCAAAAACCCCGUUACGUAAUUUUUAACUAAUGUAACUAAUGACAAUUUAGUGUAUAAACUAGUGCGUCGGUUUUAUGAAUGCUUUAGAGUAUUCAUAAAAUCAUCACACUAGUUUUUAUGGAUGGUAAAACAUGCUGAAAAUUUGUUUUUAAAAAAAUAGGGUAUACACUAUUUUUUUAAAAACAAAUUUUCUACACUUAAAUUUUACUUCCCAUAGCGUCCAUUUCCAUUUAAUAUAUUUAUUCCGCACUUGCAAUUGAAUGAAUAAUUGAUUCAAUUAUAUAAACAAUGUGAACGGGCCGUAAUUAACAAUUAUAAUUACACUAAUUUUUAUGUUGGACACACAAACUACACUUUUUUGACAUGAAAAGUUCACAAAUCUAAUUAUCGCGACUUUCUAUUAGUUUCAAGUCAGUUUCUUCGUAUACUUUUGUAUUUUUAUGCAUUUACAAUUUAAUUUUUUUCAAACUGUUAUGUAUUGAAAUUUUCCAAUGGGGCCGUUAUGCAUGAAAUUUCAUAUUUUUUGGAAUGUGUAAUGAAAUUGAGUGGUUAUUAUUAUUUGAAAUUUAUCCAGGCCCUUAAGCAUUUUAUAUUUUUGUUAUUUUGCACAAAUAUUUCUUUUGAGCCUUAAUGCUUUUUUUACUAAUGUAAGUAGGUAUCUCUUUCAAUAUGGUGCGAUUUUGUACGCACCAAUGUCCCUAGUUUAAAGUAUACAUCUCAAGACAUUUGAUUUUGGGUUUUAUUAAAUUUGUUAUGGUAAAUAUUUAAUGGGAAUUUCAAAAACACUAAAAAUUUUUUAACUCUACAUUGUUUUUUUUUAAUUCUCAAAAGUAUAUAACCUACUAGGUGUAUAUAAUAUGUUUUAUUUUUAAUUGGUAUAACCUAUAAAUAACAUCCGAUCUCCAUCCGAAUUCCAAUUAUUAAUGUAUGUAAUUAUAUGAUAAAAUGAAUUUAAAAAGGCGAAAAAAAAAUAAAAUAAAACUAAAGUUGUAUAAAAAAAUUAAUUGUUAGUAAAAUUGUAAUAAGUAGUUGAUAUGAACUUGUAAUACCAAGUAUCUAUUGUCAUAAUAAAUUUUCAUUGUGAUCACCGUUAGGUAUAUCACUAUAUUAUUUACUCGCAUGUAAAAUCACAGCGUGUAGUGUCUUGCAAAUAAACAAGGUGAAAAAAAUAAUUCACUUGCGCCAAAUUAAUUUUUCAUUAAGGUUUAUACAUUACCUAAAUAUUUGACAAAACACACAAAUAUGCAUUUGAUGUUUUUAGUAAUGUUGAUGAUAUAUUUUCUUGAAUCUACAAAAAAUAAUUGUUUUAAUUUUUUAAAAUCUGUAUAUUGAUUUUAAAAAUAUUGUUAAAAGCACACAUAGGCAUGGGUUUUAUUAUAUUAUGUAAAAUACGAAACGAACACGUAUAAUAUUUUUUGUAAAAAUGUUAAAGAUUUCGAUUUACAGUUGUACUGGUACGACAUCAUGUAAAAAAAUAUUACGAAUAAGGAGUCAAAAAUUUAAGGCUUCAACAAAUUUAAGAAAGUUUUCCACGCUUAGUACAGGCACAAAACAUAUUACACAAAUAAUUUAAAUCGAUUUGUCUUGAUUAUAUUCUUUAUUAAAAACAAUAUAUACUAAUAAAUAAAAUUCAAGUGUCUGUUUGUAAUUUUAAAUUAACAGUUUUUCAUUAAAUGCAUAAUAUUUAACUUAUGUAUUUUAAAAAAUCAAUUUCUAAAUUUUUUGUCUGUCUGUCUAAUAGUUUAAACGUGUAUUUCACUGAAAGAUAGCUGAUUGUAAUAAGAAGGCUAUAUUUUGUGUCCGUUUUACCACGGGUACAGGAACUACGCGGAUGAAACUGCGGGACAUCCGCUAGUGAUAAAUAAUCAGACCUAGUAAAGUGAUUUACUUCUGGAAUUACCACAUUAUAAUACUUAACAGCAUAAAAGGCAAAUUAUUCUAUUAACGAUAAUUUAUAUAUAGAUAAUGGAAAUUAAAAAAAUUGAAUUAUAACCUUACCUUGAAUAAUGUAUCUUCAUGUAAUUAAAUAAGUGAGAAAAGUAUAUUAAGUUUGUUUUUAAGUAUAAAAUAAAAUUGGCUAAUGUAAAUUAUGUUAUAAAAUAUAUUCUGUUCGCUGUAUUAAAAUGUAAUAUCAAAUACAAUUUAAAAUAAGUUUUUGCCUCUUAAACCUACCCUAAUGGGAUGGUUUAUUAGUGCACAAAUUUUUAAAUUAGUUUGCAUACUUGCGUGUAUAACUACUUAUAAGUACUAUUUGUAGUGUAAGGUACUUUUAGCGCUUAGGUCGUGAUGAAAUGUAAUAAUAAUAAUAAAGUGUUUGCAAGCAA